AUGGCUAGUUCUGCCAAGAGGUUCCAGACAGAUGAAUACAGCAUGCCAAAGAUGGAUGCAGUACCAGUCAGGGAUCCAACGGAUACCAACAGGGCCCCUGUCAGUGGCAGGACAAUUUUAACCAGAGAGGAAUAUCCCCAAGGGAGGGUCUGCACACCCAGGGAGAUAAACUGGGGCUGGGGGCAGAGCAGCCACAGGGGAGGAGACACUGCAAAAUGGGGGCACUGUCCCAGCUUCUCUGUGGGCUCCUCAUGCUUUGGGUCCCAGGUUCCAGGGGGGGAAAUUGUGCUGACCCAGUCUCCAGCCUCAGUGUCUGUGAUCCCAGGAGAAAGAGUCACCAUCAACUGCAAGGCCAGUGAGAGUGUGAAACACAGUAAUGGAAACACUCAUCUGACCUGGUUCCAACAGAAACCUGGACAGUCUGUUCAGAGACUCAUGUACAAAGUUUCCAACCUGCACUCAGGAGUCCCUGCCCGAUUCAGUGGCAGUGGUGCUGAGAAGGAUUUCACCCUCACAAUCACCAGUGUGGAGCCUGAGGAUGGGGCAAAUUAUUACUGUUUUCAAGGAACUUCUCAACCUCGCACAGUGUUACAUCCCAGAACAAAAACUUCCCCAGGCAUAGGCUGGCUGGUCAGGGGGGCUCAGCUGCCUCCUCUACUUCCUCUCCUCCAGCAGCUGCUGGGCUGCCUGCUCAGGGGCAGGGUCUCUGGGGCUGACAGGAGAAAAGGGACUCAGGGCUCAAGGGAAAGGCCAUGGUCUGGCAGCUCUGUGCUCUGA